CUCGCGGAGGUUUCUGCACAGGACAAAAUGUCUGCGAGGAUCUGGAGGGGACCGGCGAUCCCAGACUUGUAGCCCGCCUCCUGCUCCUGCCGCGCUUUGGGGGUGAUGGGGCUUAAACGUCUUAUCAUUCCUUCCAGAUAAUGGAUACUCAAAUGAAACUCACUAUGGGCGAGUUCAGAGCACUGCUGAUGGUUCUUUAGAACUCAGGAUUCAUGCUGCAGUGUUUCUACGGGAGAACUGACAUUGGCUGGAAACCCUGAGGCAUGACAGGGACCCCCCAAGGCCCACAGGAUAUGGCCUACCAACUAACUUAAAGGCGCGGCGGAGAGAAUGCGGAGUGACGAGCUGGCGGCGCCCAUGGAAGACACCCGCGGGCCGGACGAUGCGGAGGCGCGGGGCGGCCCGUGUCCCGGCCUGGCCCCGGUGCCUCCCGGCCGCCUGGGGGCGCCCUACUGCGAGGCCUGGGGCUACUUUCAUCUGGCCCCCGCGCGCCCGGGCCACGCCGCGGGCCAGUGGGCCACCUGCCGGCUGUGCGGGGAGCAGGUGAGCCGCGGCCCGGGCUUCCACGCCGGUACCCCGGCGCUGUGGCGGCACCUCAAGAGCGCGCAUGGGCGGGAGCUGGAGAAGAGCGCCGCCCGCCGCUCGCCGCCCGCCGCCCCUUGCCCGCCGCCGCGGGCACCGCCGGGCGCCGCCGCGGCCGCCGAGGGCGACUGGGCGCGCCUGCUGGAGCAGAUGGGCGCGCUGGCCGUGCGCUGCAGCUUGCGUGAGCGAGAGCUGGCGCGGCGCGAGGCGGCCGUGGAGCAGGGCGAGCGCGCCCUGGAGCGGAGGCGGCGGGCCCUGCAGGAGGAGGAGCGCGUGGUGGCCCAGGCGAGGCGGGAGCUGCAGGCCGAGAGGGAGGCGCUGCAGGCGCGGCUGCGGGAAGUGAGUCGCCGCGAAGGCGCCUUGGCCGCCGCCUCUGUCCCGCUGCAGACCCCGCUCAAAGAAGAGCCGGGUGGGGAGAGGGACGGCUACAUAAUCACCAAGGUCCUGCUGUAGGCUGUGGCCGCCUUCCGCCCCCCAGUCCUUCCCAUGCCAGCGCUGCUCCAAGUGUCGCUGGACCGGCCUUACCUAGGACCUGAAUCUCAGGCCCGCCGACAUCUCCACCGGUAGGCCCUUGUCACUAACGCUCCGUGACACCCCCCCAACCCCGGGGGGGCCUGUAGGCACAAGCUCCAGUGGCCUCCUUUGUUCUUGGCCUUUAGUGAGCACCGGUGCAGGAGCUGGUUUUCCUCCAACUGCCUUUGGAAUGACAGCUCCAGCAACUUCGAGAGACUAGGUCACCGAAGCAGUCUUGUAACCGGUGACUUUGAAAGGACACAAACUUCCUCGUGUACCAAAGACUAUCCUACUACGUGCCUGUACACCAGCCAGGGCAACCCAGGGUGGAGGGUGCUUGGAAAUUAGGAUAAAGCAUUUUAUCCAAUAAGAGUUUUACUCAUUUCCCAAUGAAUAAAUAAAUUUUUGGUAAUUGGUU